ACUAGUCCAGUUUUUCAGCUAGCAGGGUCACAGCUGUGGCUCUAGGAAGGCUUAGGGAGGGAGGGGUUUAGCAUGCGAGGGCCAGGCCUGGCUGACUAACAGGCAGGGCGGGCCUUGUUCAGGAGGCAGGCCUAUGGGUGGACAGUUUCACUUCCUGAGCUACUGCUGCCAGCGGCAGAACCGCCAGAGUGCCUUGCUGCCUGCUUCUCGGCUCAGCAUGGGCUCUCAGGCCCUGCCCCAUGGUCCCAUGCAGACACUCAUCUUCUUGGAUCUGGAAGCCACUGGCCUGCCUUUCUCUCAGCCCAAAAUCACAGAGCUGUGCCUGCUGGCUGUCCACAGAUAUGCCCUGCUGAACACCUCCGUCUCUGGGGGGAAGCCACCUCCAGUGCCCAAACCACCCCGUGUGGUGGACAAGCUCUCUCUGUGCAUUGCUCCAGGGAAAGCCUGUAGCCCCGGAGCCAGUGAGAUCACAGGUCUGAGCACAGCUGAGCUGGAAACCUACGGGCGUCAACGCUUCGACGACAACGUGGCCAGCCUGCUCCAAGCCUUCCUGCACCGCCAGCCGCAGCCCUGCUGCCUUGUGGCCCACAAUGGUGACCGCUAUGACUUUCCCCUGCUCCAGGUGGAGCUUGCUAUGCUGAACGUGACCAGUCCUCUAGACAGCACCUUCUGUGUGGAUAGCAUCGCUGCCCUAAAGGCCCUGGAACACGCCAGCAGCCCCUCAGAGCGCGGUCCAAGAAAAAGCUACAGCCUGGGCAGCAUCUAUAACCGCCUGUAUGGGCAACCACCAAUGGACUCACACACUGCUGAAGGUGACGUUCUAGCCCUGCUCAGCAUCUGUCAGUGGAAGCCAGAGGCCCUGUUGCAGUGGGUGGACAAACAUGCCAGGCCCUUUAGCACCACCAAGCCCAUGUAUGGUAUUGCAGCCACUGCUGGAACAACCAGCCCAAAGCCACAUGCUGCCAAUGGAAGUCCCAGCCAUGGCAGGGGCAGGCGACGCAAGGAUUCUCCUCAAGCGAAGGUCCCAGAAGCCUCAUCACAGGAGGGGUUGCUGGCCCCACUGGGCCUGCUGACCUUCCUGACCUUGGCAAUAGCCAUACUGUAUGGACUCUUCCUGGCCUCACCUGGGCUGUAAGCCAAGAAGGAAAUACGACUAAUAAAGACCCUCAUAGCACUGACCGGUACUUGCUGCCUCCAUUUCUUUGCAGCCUGGGCCUCUGGCCAUAAUCAGGACCCUAGGGACGAGGUACAGUCCCUGUCUUUUGGUCUCUAAGCAGGGUAAUCAAACCUAUUAGGCUAAUUAAGGUAGAGGAGAAACAAGUCCAAGAGGUAGAUAGAAACAGUAUUUGGUGUCAGCCAAAGCCAGCAGCCCAGGCUCUGAAGAAAGGGGAAAAUGGGUCCAAAUGUUUGCAUUUAUUAUAAACCAGGUGCACAGAGCCUGGAUGCUCAGAAACAGACCAGUACACACAAAGCUAAGACAGCUGGAGGAAUAGCAACCAACAGGGAACACCGCGGCAUUCAUGUCUGGGCCCACCUUUGGUCCAAAUCCCUGGCCUUGGUGUCCCUGCCGCUAGGACA